UUUGUUUUGGCUUACCAGCCUCAGAUAUUCGAGUGCUUCAUUCGCCAUGCAGAAUUUUGUUUUUGUAUCUUUCAUGCUCUUUGUAGCCCUCGCUAAGGCGGACUACAGAGGAUCCCAAGCUUCCUGCGAACCCUCAACUGAAAUCGUAGUGGUCACAAAAACUUCGCUUGACCUGCUGCGGGACCAGGUCACUGCGUUCGACCUGCAAUACAGCCACAGCGACCUGCAAAUAACCAAGACGGUCUUCGCGACCUCCACCUUCGUACAGACCAUUUCUGUGACGCAGGUACCGCUCCCACAGAUCCUGACGAGUUCCAGUUACGUGACGGCGUCGGUGUUCAAAACGCUCGUCACGACACACGAGGCCACGACAGCCGUCACUCGAACACAGCCCUUGUGGGUGACGAAGGUCGUCCUCAAAGACCUGACCUUGAAGCACACGGUUCUCGACACCGGAACAGUCACCCGGACCCUCACUCAGACUCGUUUCCUCACGGCCUUCGACACUCGCACCUCCACCGUCAUCAGAAGCGCCUACGUCACCACGACGGAGUUGCGACCCUUCUACGUCACCAAAGCGCACUACCAGACACUCGAGCAACGCCUCACCAGCACCGUCACCAGCCUGCAACGCGUUCAGGAGUAUUACACUCUAACCAAGACAGAGUAUGUCGUUCCUACGAAAUGCUACCGACAAAGGGAUUAUCCAAUAUUUAAGUAUUAAUGUAGAACGAAAAGCCAAUUCCAUUUACCAUGUUAACUAAACAAGU